UCUCACAAGUCAGUGUGAGCUUCUCACCAACGCAGUGCGGCUUUAACAGGACCACAGCUCCGGAGUUUUCUGCUGGCUCCUCCUUCCUCCGUGAUGUCAGCGAUGGGGAGAGCGAGCGAGUGAGGGAGAGAGGUGGGCGCACACGGAGAGUUCAUCCAAUACUACCGAGACAUUUCCAGUUUAGCUCACAGCCUCGGCGAUGAGUCUAUCCCGGCUUCGGCAAUUGGUGCUGCACCGAGCCACAAUUUGAUCCAUCUUGGAGGAGGGAGGGUGGGGCGCGCAAGCGAUGCAAUCUGUGCAUCCCUCUUAUUUGCUAUUUUUUGUUUGUUUGCAUGAGAUUGUAAAAUUAAUUACCUGCAAGUUUUCACUAAGCGGUGUAUUUUUGGAUCUAAGUUUUUGACGCACGUUUUGGCGCAAGCGACUUUGGCGUAAAAUAGCAGAUAUAGGGAUACAGUUAGGGUGAAAAACGAAGCUUGGACAGCUGAAGAGGAAUUGUACCGGUGUUCCUUUGAUAAACAAAGUUUUGUGCGUGUUUAUUUCCUCCAGCUCUCGUGGACAACCGCUUUUUUUGCGCAUGGAUAAGUUUUUGUAGUGGAUAUUUGGUUUAUUCUAUUGCCAUCCUUUUUUCCCCUCACGAGGAUUAUUCCCCUCGUCCGAUCUCCACUUCGGCUCAAUACAUGGCACUUGAUUCAUUAUUAUGUUUACAUUUUUGAAAAUCAGUGAUGUCUUUACGCGGAGGCACAACUAACUGAUUUUUUCACCCCAGCCAAGCGGAAAAGACAGAAUUGCUUCUGUGGAAGUGAAGCUCCAUCCACCCUUGAGUAUGAACUUAGCAAGUCAGACUUAUCUGCUGGUGGUCUUUCUCACCUCCACGGUCCUCAUAUGCCGGGCCCAGGAGAGAGACUACACAGUGAAGGAGGAGCAACCGGAAAACGUCCGCAUCGGGAACUUGCGCAGGGACCUCGACCUCAACCUGGACCCAAACGUCCGCUUGUCCUCGCCUCUGCAGUUCAAGCCUGUGUACAAGACCGGCGACGUGCCUUUGGUGAGGGUAGAGGCCAACACGGGCGAGAUCUUUACGACCAGUCACCGAAUCGACAGGGAGAAGCUGUGCUCCGGAAUCUUUGCAGAGAAACACUGCUAUUAUGAAAUUGAGGUGGCUGUCUUGCCGGAUGAGAUCUUCCGACUAGUCAAAAUCCGCUUCCUGAUUGAGGACGUCAAUGACAACGCGCCCCUUUUCCAGUCCACGGUCAUAAACAUCUCCAUCCCAGAGAACACCGUCGUUAACACCCGAUACCCAGUGCCCUCUGCGUUUGACCCCGAUGUCGGGAUCAAUGGGAUCCAACAUUACGAGCUGGUCAAGAGUGUCGGAGAAUUUGGCUUGGACAUCAUUGAAACUCCUGAGGGUGACAAGUGGCCACAGUUGAUCGUUCAGCAGAUCUUAGAUCGUGAGCAAAAGGACACCUUUGUCAUGAAGAUAAAGGUAGAAGAUGGUGGCAACCCUCCCAAGUCCAGCACUGCUAUCCUCCAAGUCACCAUUUCCGAUGUCAACGACAAUCGUCCCGUCUUCAGGCGUAGCGAGUUGGAAGUCACAGUACCGGAGAAUGCCCCCACAGGAACAUCGGUUGUGCAGCUUCAUGCAACGGAUGCAGACCUGGGGUCCAAUGCCCAGAUCCACUUUGCCUUCAGUAACCAGAUCUCUGCCUCGACCAAGCGCCACUUUGCCAUCGACGGCACAACAGGAUUGAUCACUGUGAAGCAGUCACUGGACAGGGAGUUGACUCCUGUUCACAAACUUAUCGUUCUGGCCAGUGAUGGCAGCUCAACACCCUCGAGGGCCACAGUGAUGGUAAAUGUGACAGAUGUGAAUGACAAUGUCCCCUCCAUUGACACUCGCUACAUAAUCAACUUGGUGAAUGGGACUGUCCUUUUGUCUGAGAAUGCUCCCCUCAACACAAAAAUUGCACUCAUCACAGUUACAGACAGAGAUGCGGAUCUCUAUGGAAAAGUCACUUGCUACACUGACCAUGAUGUUCCAUUCCGGCUGAAGCCUGUCUUUAAUGAUCAGUUUUUACUAGAGACAGCUGCUCCCCUCGAUUAUGAGACAACUCGAGAAUAUGCAAUUAGGAUAGUGGCAUCGGAUAGAGGGACGCCUCCUUUGAACACUUCAGCUAUGGUAUUAAUUAAAAUCAAGGAUGAGAACGACAAUGCGCCCGUCUUUCCCCAGCCAGAAAUUCAACUUUCCAUACCAGAGAAUAAUGACCCGUCCUCACAGUUAAUAAAAAUCAGUGCCACUGAUGCAGACAGCGGACAUAAUGCUGAAAUUAUUUAUACCCUUGCCCCCGAUGCACCCGAUGGAUUUAAUAUAGACAGACAGUCAGGAAUCCUUUCAGUUGGCAAACGGCUGGACAGAGAGAAGCAGGAGAGGUACUCAUUCACUGUCAUAGGCAGGGACAAUGGUUCAUCUUCCCUGCAGAGCAAUGUCACUGUCAAGCUAAUCGUUCAGGACCUUAAUGACAACAGCCCGGCUUUCACACACCCCGAGUACAACUUCUAUGUGCCCGAAAACCUUCCUCUCUUUGGAACUGUGGGCUUAAUUACAGUGACAGAUGCAGACGCGGGAGAUAAUGCUGUUGUGACCCUGUCCAUUUUGAACGGGAAAGAUCAUUUCAUAAUUGACCCCCAAACGGGUGUAAUCAAGCCCAACAUCACCUUUGAUCGUGAGCAGCAGAGCUCUUACACAUUUAUGGUCAAGGCAGUGGACGGAGGGCAACCCCCCAGCUCUUCCUAUGCUAAGGUCACUAUCAACGUGGUUGAUGUAAAUGACAAUCGCCCUGUGUUUGUUGUCCCCACUUCCAAUUACUCAUAUGACCUCGUGCGGACCACCACCAGCCCCGGUGACGUUGUUACAAGAGUGUUUGCCAUUGACAAUGACACAGGUAUGAAUGCGGAGCUCCAGUAUAGCAUUACAAGCAGCAUCAUCAUCACUUCUCGAGUCUCCCCUCGAGGCUUGUUUUCCAUCGACAAAACAACAGGCAACAUUACACUGCAGGAGAAAAUUGUAGCGGCGGAUCAAGGACUGCACAGGCUAGUUGUCAAAGUCAAAGAUCUUGGGCAGCCGGAAUCAUUACAAGCUAUUGCGCUUAUUCACUUAUUUGUCAAUGACACCGUUUCGAAUGCCACUUUUAUCCAAGAACAGCUUCGGAAAAGCAUGGAGACGCCACUCGACCGAAACAUCGGGGACAGUGAAGUAACACCUCAGGCUAACGGAUAUGUGAUUGUUGUCAUCGCUAUCAUAGCUGGGACCAUGACUGUCAUCUUGGUGAUAUUUGUGACCGCCUUGGUGCGCUGCCGACAGACACCCAGACACAAAGUGGUACAGAAAGGCAAGCAGAGUGGCGAGUGGGUGUCACCUAACCAAGAGAACCGUCAAAUCAAAAAGAAGAAGAAGAGAAAGAAGCGAUCCCCAAAGAGCCUCCUCCUGAACUUUGUGACCAUAGAUGAAUCUAAGCCUGACGACCCUAAGCAUGAGCAUGUUAAUGGUACGCUGGAUCUCCCUGUGGAGCUCGAGGAGCAAACCAUGGGGAAGUACAACUGGGCCACCACUCCCACCACCUUCAAACCCGACAGCCCGGACUUAGCCAAGCAUUACAAAUCUGCGUCCCCUCAGCCUACAUUUCAAAUCAAACCGGAGACUCCAGUGGCCCCAAAGAAGCAUCACGUGAUCCAGGAGCUCCCUUUGGACAACACAUUUGUGGUGGGCUGUGACACGCUCUCCAAGUGCUCAUCGACGAGCUCCGACCCAUACAGUGUCUCAGAGUGCGGCUGUCAGGGGGGAUUCAAGACUCCAGGGCAAAUCACUACCCGACAGGAUGCAAUCCAAACAUCAGAGAAGUCUUUUAACUCGCCACCGCCCAUUUGUCCUCAUAAGGAGGCCUGUCAACUUGAGAAGAUAACGUCUGUGAAUAUCCAGCGCCGAGUGACGUUCCAUCUUCCAGAUGGUUCCCAGGAGAGCUGCAGUGACAGCGGGCUGGGUGAUCCAGAACCAAGCAGUACGGCUAGUACCUCCCAAGCUCUUCCAUUUAGCUUCCCUCUCGAGGAGUAUUACGAGCAAACAUCCCCCAAUAGUCGCACCGAGGGAGAUGGAAACUCAGACCCUGAAUCAAGCAGCACAGGGCUGCACACGCCACUGAGUCAUGAUGCAUUCGGGAUUUUAACAAGCAAAGCCGUUGAGGUGAACCUCCAGAAAGCUUUGGCUGAGGCGUCCGAGACCUGUACCCAAGAGUGUCUGAUACUGGGCCACUCCGACACCUGCUGGAUGCCACCGACCCUGACCCAGUUACAGAGUCCGACGAGUGGAAGCCCUGCCUCCACUCCGACCUCCACUACCAUCCCCGGUACUCUCCCCUCAUUUGGUUUCCAACAGAGCUGCGCACGGGGGGGCAAGGUUAACAUGGGCAGCCUGGGUACCAUGGAUGGCCGGCACACUUUGGGAAGGUCUGUGUCUAAAAAAGACGAGCUGGACAAAGGGCUUAACAGGCCGCAAUUCUACAACACCUUGGACAGACACUGCAAUAAGAAGGAGGACACCGUCAAGGUCAUCCCCCUGGCGAGCUUCUCAUCUCCUGGAAAGCAGACAGCAACCGGCGGCGGUAGUAGCUCCUUUCUACAUGAGCACCAGCUGUAACAACAUUGGCCUGACAUCCUGUACAUGUGACUCCAUCCAACUUUUUUCAAUACAGUACUUCAUUAUUAGCAUUAAUGCAUAUGUGUGCAAGUAUGGAUCAUUUGAGUAAAUACAGCCAGCUCGGUUUUACAAACAUCUAACAUAUGGAUUUCAUUGUGCUUAUGAGACUUUAACAACAGUUGUAUCAUACUACUAAUUGUUGGGUCAGUCCGAGGGCUCAAACCUACUUACGAACAUUACUUGUUCAUCAUCUAUUGUCACUGAGGCAUGAAUAGCUUAUUGUGGCCCUGAGAAGUGUGAAGACCUCCACCAAACUCGAACACAGUCCCCAUAUGGCUCAGCAGCAAACCUUCAAGGAUACCCAUCUGUUGUAUAAGUGCAAUAUUUUGAACAUUAAGAACAUUUUAUUUCACAAUGAUAACAAAAGUCGUGGACUCACACCUCUGUCUGAAUGAACUCAAAAUUCAAUAGGUUAUUUCUUGGCGCACGCCCCGCCAUUACGUUUGGUGGCAUCAGAGUCAGCAGUUUUUGGAAAAUCCUGUAAACUAACAAAGAAACAAGUCAUCAAGUCACAAGUCAUCUUGGACAAUAAACAUAGCACUUCAGUAGUUUCAUCAUGGGGGGAAAAAAAAUCUGUAUUUUAGUAUUCGAUAUAUGCUUAGUAAUAGAAUGGGGCAGUGUAAUGUAUGUCUCCUUGUGCCCAGCUUAGAGCAGCUGUGUCCUAAAAGACCAUUUACUCAUGCAGAAACAAAUGCAAAUACAGUGUGUUGAGUAAGCUAAUUUGGGCUAAAUGCUAAUUAGGGGCCCAGGGUUGUGUUUCUAUUUCAGAUCUAGCGAAAUAUUGCUCUGUAUAAUGUGCAGCACAAACUCCUUUGGUGGUGGAAGAUAUUUCGUUUGUCUUGCCUGAACAUGUUUCAGAAGUCUAUUUUGGUCAGUGGGGACUGUGGAAAGAUUUAGGGGGGGAAAAAACAUUUGAGAAGCAUAACUAGGCCAACGGUAGACAGCUCUGGUAAUCUUUCUUGCAUUCUUUACACCAAGGACCGGUAAAACCAAAAACACCAACACAAACAUUUCCAAGAUGUUUCCCAUAUGCUGUAUGCUGCCAGCUCCGUUAAGAAGGGGCUCACUAUUAAAAGUCGUCUCGUUAUCUUGCCUUGAAAAGUGCAGACGGAUGCGCUUUUGGAAAGGCUAACUGCCCCCUCCUCCCCCACCGCAGCUUCCUUUUGUAGUCCUGUAUGUUGCUGCUCAGAAUCAGCCACAUAAUACCAAAUCAUUGAGCCACUUAUGAAAUUCUUCGUCUAAUUACUUUGAUGUGCGAUGUUGCUAGCUACCCUAAUUGUGGUUAAGAGGUCUACAGAAUGACUCUCUGGGAUAACAGGGGAUGUUCUCGGUACUUGCACCGGCAAUGACAAGCUGGUAAGACCUCAAAACUGUCAUCUUAAUGUGCUACUAAUUUUCCAGUAUCAUUAACUCCCACCAGCUUGCUACUAAUUACCAUGAUAUUUUUCCUCUAUAGCUGUGUUUCAAUACAUGUGAUUGGCAACAUUGGGUAAUGCUGGAAUAAUACUCCACAAUGCUAAACUUUAGAUUGCAUUUUUAUUUAUUGAGUGUGUGUUCUGUUUUUGUUUGUUUGUUUGCAGCCGUGUGUACCAUGACAAUUACCCUUGACCUAAAAGAGAGAAACAAAUACGGGCCUCUCAGUGUCAGUUGGGACAAUGCAAAAGACUCCAUCAUCUGUGUAAACUGUACUGAUGAUGAUAAGUGUUCCAACAUAACUUUGUGCUGGAACAGAUUGAGUGCACUAUAAUCUAUUGCACCAACAUUAAGUGUCUCUGUUUCCCACUAACACCCAAGCCAGGUGUCUAAAUCACCAAGUAUAUGAUUCAUGUGAUUCAUUUCCCUGUACCAUCUUGCAAAUUGAGAGCAGCCUUGCAUCUAUAAUGUAUUGAGGCAUUCUUUGUAGAGAGUGCAGAGGAAGCUGUUUGAAUGCAGACUGCCUCUGCCCCUCUCCUUUAAGAUCGUCAUCGGUCAAAGAUUUGAUUCUUGUAAAUAGGCUUUAUCUGACAUUCAGGCAAAUGAUCACCUAACAUGACCCUAGUCAUGGACAGGGAAAUGAGUCCUUCCGGGGAAAUGAGUUGUUCAAUUAUACCUAAGGUAAUUCUGAAAAUGAAUGCAUUCCAAAAAUUGUUCAUCAAUCUUUCUCAAAACCACAAUUAAUGAGCUCCCUGUUUCUAGCUUGUCAGAUUUUCUUUCCUCCAAUCACUUUUCAUCUCGUUUCUUUGCAAUUGGAAACCCAAAUAUAAGCAAAUAUCAUAAACGUAUUCAGUCAAAAGGAGCACAUAUCACUGGGAACAUCAAACUGAUUGAGUGAAAUUGCUCGGAUAAGAGCCAUUUUAAUCCAUCUUUACAGAUUGUCAGCAUUCAAAGGCGAGACAUUAGACAAAAAAAUAAUGGCUUUUAUAACAAUUUUGGGGGAAUGAGAAGGACGUGCAUUAUUGUUGUUGUACUCUUUGCAAGAUGUCAAUGGUAAUUGUGCCCUCCCUCUCAUGGAAUUCAUGGAAUGAACCCUGUCACAAUGUCAGAAGAAAUGUUCCUGAUGGAAAUAAUUUAUCCAAUCACGUUUGUACAAUAUGCACAAUAUGCAUUAUAUGAGUGGAAUAUAAUAUCUGUUAAUCUUCACCGUGUUAUCUUCACUACAUAAUGUGCUGUCAUGUUGUAGCAGCUGCAUUACUGAUUGAAUGCAUAGCUAGGGUGUCAGUUUGGAUUCUGAAAUGACAAUUUUGGUGGCCGUUGUAUUCUGACCUUUUUUUCUCUCUUUCAACAAAAAGCAAAUCAAGAGUAAGAACUUUUUUUUAUAUUUCACAUCACCCCAAUUACACAGCUGAAAUGGUCAGCAAUCACAGACCUUUGAAGAAAUGACUCAGCUGUCAGUGUAUUUUUUUUGUUUGUUUUUUUUUCCAAAUUCAUUCCUCGAAAAACGUCAAAAUUGCUACAAAUGGACAACAGAAACAAUAAUCAUACAUUUCUUAAGUUUUCAGACAAAUGUGCUUCACGCUUAACCUGUGGCAUCAUUUGCAUGAACUGUUUGAACUCCCACAAGGCGUUUUAGCUCUUGACUGUAUCCUUGAUGCUUUCAUCAUUAGAUUCAGUGUUAGUAUUAAUGUUACCUGCUCUACCUGUUUGUCUUAUGAAACUAAAUCGAUGUGAAAUGGAGAACAAGAACACACGAAUCAAAUGUCAUGUUUGUAUACAACUUGGGCCUCCAAGUUUACACAAAUGUUUACAAUAUCCUUCGAGGUAACACUGUAAACACACUGUACAUAGCGCCCCAAGAACAAUAUCACAAAUGGACACACAACAGUAACUACAAAAGCGAGAGGCAAGUCACUGAAACGUGGAAACGGGAAAAUGGGGUGAAAGGAAAAUAAAUAAAACAAUGAGAUGACAAGUUCUGCUGCAAUGUAAAUGGGUCUGCAUAAAAAUAUUGUGUGUGUGUGUGUGUGUGUGUGCGCGUGUGUAUGUAUUCCUAUGGGCAAAUCGGCAUAUAUCUUUUGCCGCAAUAUUGUAUGUACGUCAUAUAUGUAUCUUGUAUAAAGUCUAUAUCUGAAUAUAUAUGCUUGUAAAUUAGUUAGCAGUGAAGUCAUGUUUGCUUUGAGAGGGCUUCAGUGCUUGCCAGCCAAUCUGUAUCGGUCACUUAAAUCUAUACAGUCUGUGAUGUUAUGCCUCUGUAAGAUAUACCAUUUAAUAUUAUAAAAAAUGACUUCCAUACAGUGAAAUGUUUUUGUUUUUGGUCUUUGAAAUUUAACUGCACCAUUAAAUAUUGAGUCUCUCAAGUGUA